AUGGAUGAAGUGGUUGGGUUUCGUGGGGAUGGAGCAGUGCUUCUCAAGCUAUGGGUACUUGGAGAGAUUCUUCUUGCUGUCUCUCUUGCUUCUGUUGGUUAUGCUCUGCCAACAGCGGAGGUCCUCGCCUAUCAGGACAGUCUUGGCCAGUACAGUUUUGGCUACAGUGCCCCAAGCUCAGCGAGAUCGGAAGUUAGAACGCUGAAUGGCGAAACACGCGGUGCUUACAGUUACAUCGAUGACGCAGGCGUUAUUCAGACUGCUCACUAUACAGCUGACGGGGAAAAUGGCUUCCGGGUAGCGGCCACCAAUCUUCCUGUGGCACCGCUUCCGGAAGUGCAAGAUGUAAUCGUGGCGAUUCUACCGGAAAAGGAAGAGAUACUGAAAACGAAUAACCUAGGAAGAAAUAAUGUGUUUCUGAAGGGACUAGUGCCAAUAGAGAGUGAUACUAUGGAAUUGGAAAAAGACGUACAACUCAAAGAGAAACUAGAAGAAAGAGGAGAAACGAUGAAAAUGAGCGAAGAAGGAAUCUUAGGAGGAGAAACAAUGAAAAUGAGCGAAGAAGGAAUUUUAGAAGGAGAAAUGAUGAAAAUGGCUUCUGAGGCGCAGCUUCAAGAGAAAUCGUCAGAAAGUGCAGCUGCUGAAAGUCCCAAAGUAUCCAGCACCGAAAUGCCACUUAAAGUCUUGAAACAACUCCAGAUUCCUAUUUAUCGAAUUUCCCAAGGAAAUCUUGCCAUUGAUCCAUCAACCAUACAAGGACCGAUAAAUAUCGAAGGAUCAUCUUUGACUCCAGCAAGCACUACUUUGAAACUUGAUCAAGCAACGAGUAGACUGUCCACGAAUGAGAAUAUCAGUGUGAAAGAAUUACCUGUACCAAAAGAAAAACCAGAAAAGCCUCAAGAGCAACAGAAAUUAAGUGAUAAAGAAAUAAUUGCACCUCUUAACAUUCUACCUCUGAGCACUCCCACUCUGCUCAAAUAUACUCAUGUUCCCACUCUUCACUAUUUUGUUUAUAAUCAUUAA